AUCGCCGCCAGCAGUCGAAUCGCAGUCCACCAGCCGCCCCAUGCAUCGGAAACUGAUCACUGAGUAAGGACUCGCUGCUUCCACCUCGCCACUCGCAGCUAAACCACCUUUUUAGUAAAAAGGUUGUGAACCUUUAGACACGAAUGGUUCUGACCUGUGCGAUACUGUAUUCGCUGAAUUACGGGGUGGUUUCCGUCAGCAGCUGUCUGCUUGGAUAACCUUAACGAUGUGCCGUGUGGAUGUUCCAGAUAACGGGGUUUCCCAUUGGAGCUGGAAUUGAAAACACUCUCAAGCCCUCCAAAGUCACCCCCUAUAGGACAGGCUUUAUUCCUGAUCAACAAACAUCCCAAGACUAAGGUCUCUUUUUCCCUUGGUGUUAGAGAUCUCCACUGACAUUGACAUGCAAUACAAUGUAAAGAGAAAGAAGUAAAUCUAGGUAUUGCUGCUGAAUUGGGAAAAUGUGGAAGUAGUUCCCAGAAGGUCUUCCUGCUUCUCUGUUGUAGCUAGGUGAAUGAUUGACUAGAAAGAGGAAGAGUACAGAUCCACCAGUCAUUGACCUCAUAGAAUAAGCAGAAGAAGAGCAACUGGAUGUAGUCAACAACCUGGCCAUCGUCAAGUUGACAGCAAAAUCUUGGAUUAUUUUAUUAUUUCUCCGAGGACGAGUAAUGGACAUACAUACACUUGUAUUCCUUAUCUGUGGAUUUCUGUAAUGGAGUGACUUUUCAAAAAAAAAAAUACAGAAUGCAGUGGCUUUCCCAACAACAUAUUAGCAACUAGUUCUGGUCCCCUUUCUCUCUGAGAUGUUUUUCAUGUUGUUCUUUUCUAACACCAUGAAGUGGGCCCUGUAAUUUUGAUGAGGAUGACAGGGGCUGUUUCAGUUCAUCAGAGGCAUCCAGCGUUAGAGCUAUGAAAUCUCCUGGGGAGGAAAUAUUGUCAGACAUCACUUGGAAAUAGCAAUUUUCAAAAGGUGGUUCUAAUGUGCAUUUUCCCAUUCCCUCACUUUCCCCGAAAACUGAGCUUUACCUGCCACUACGCCAUGUCUCUACUGAAGCGGAGGAAGAUUAGGGCUUUUACUGUAUUAUUCUGCAUCGUAACUUUCACCAUGUUCCUCUUCAGUUACACGUUGCACGAUCCCUCUCUGUACUUCUUUAAAUACCCCUUCCGCCUGCCGGACAGCUUCUUCUCCAAAGGCCAGUGUGGCUGUCAACAGUGUAUGACAGAGCUGGAUGACGACCCGUGGUUCACUGAGCGGUUCAACCUGUCCGUCCAUCCUCUGCUGACUAGGAGGAACAGCCUGCUGACUGAUGACACAUACCGCUGGUGGCAGUGGUUACAGGCGGAGCAGCAGCCCGCCAACUUCAGCGAAGUGGUGGAGAAGUUGUUCCAGGUCAUCCCUGAUGCUGACCUGUACAUGGAUGCUGGUCCUGAGCGCUGUAGGACCUGCGCCGUGGUAGGAAACUCUGGAAACCUCAAGGGGACCCGCUACGGAACCCUAAUCGACUCAAAUGAUGUCAUCAUCAGAAUGAACCAAGCUCCUACCUCAGGCUAUGAGGAGGAUGUUGGCAGCCGGACCACUCAUCACGUCAUGUACCCAGAGAGUGCCAUAGAUCUGGACAACACCACCAGUCUUCUGCUCAUCCCCUUCAAGACUCUGGACCUACAGUGGAUCAUCAGUGCCUUGACCACAGGCUCCAUCCAACACACGUACAUUCCCGUCCAGUCCAGGAUCAAGGCAAACAGGGACAGAGUGUUGAUAUACAGCCCAACCUUCUUUAAGUAUGUCUAUGACACCUGGCUGGAGAAUCACGGCCGAUAUCCCUCCACUGGCUUCCUCAGCCUGUUGUUCGCCAUUCACAUCUGUGACACGGUGAGUGUGUAUGGGUUUGGAUCCGACCAUUACGGGAACUGGCACCACUACUGGGAAGAGAAUAAUAUGGGAGGAGCAUUCCGCCACACUGGUGUUCAUGAUGGGGACUACGAGUACAACAUCACCCUGCUUCUGGCCGACAAACACAAGAUAAAGAUGUUCAAAGGCAGAUGAGUCCAAAGAUGGCCCAAGACCUAUAAUCCUCUUGAACCUAAAUCCUGUCGACUCAGGGGUUAUGGUUUUGAUACACAGCUAAUGCUAGUGGACUCAUACUGAUGCCUGAAAAAUUUUAACAAUUUCCUAUUCCUAUUUAGCCUGUUUUAUACUAUAAGCCAAUGAAAUGGAAGUGAAUUCUCUCAAACCUUCUGUAAUGUUUUGUUCCAAAAUCAGGAAAUAAUGAAUUCUCACCUUGCCCCUCUCACCCUAUCCCUUUCCCCAGGAGAUCCCAGGAUACUUGUCCAGUAUGUCAGGUCUAAUGAGUAUGUGGAAGACAGGAGCAGUCUCUAGCUUGUUGCCUCGCUGCAACCUAGGCCCAGGCAAGGCUCUCCAGAUGGCUGCCUGGUGGGAGAGUCUUUCAUGUCUCUGUUAGUUACGCUUAUAAACAAGAUCCGGUGUUAACAUCUUUGUAGGCUACUGACGGAGGCAAUUACUAAAUGGCUGUCCUAUGGGAGAAUUUAAGUAACAACCACAGUCUGCUUUUAAUAUCAAGGCAUCUUGCUGCUCAAAUAACAUAUAUAUGGUGGAUCAAAUAGUGCGUCAUUCUGAAGAUUAGUAUUGAAACUACUGACAGUGUUGCCAUUUUAAAUUAAGUGCCUUAUCCAUUUAAUUCAUAUGACUAGUUAAGCAGGUCCAAGGUGCCUUUGAUAUUCUUGUUCCUUUUUUAGAUUGAAUAAAUUUCAUUUGUCAAAUUCUGUAUUUACAUUCAUGUAACUGACGAUUGAAAUUCUUGUAAUAUUACUGUUUACAUUUCUCAUAGUUUGAUGAUCAUAAUCAACAAUGUUUUGUUACCUAUUUUAAUUGAUUGAUUUUUUAUUAAUUUACAUUGAAAUGUAUGAUUUUACAUUCUAGGAUUGCCAUAUGCAUUAUGCAUAGCCAUGUUUCCUGUGAGGGAUCAGUGCUAUAUUCUUUGCUCGAGGAUUUUACAGGACCUGCUUCUCAUGCCAGCUCUGUAAUAUCUCAUGACCAAAUGUGUUAUUAUAUUGUUGUACAGGCUUCUCGGAUAUUAGGAGCUCCUCAAAAACAUUAGCUGGACUCCAUUACAGAGGGUUGUAAAUCCUAGUGACCUAGCACUGAGGGGAUCAUCGGUUUGACAUUAAUUAAAUGUGAUCGUUGAAUGCUGUCAGAUUUUGAACCCCUCAACCUUUACUUUUACAUCGGGGGCUUGAAUCUUAUGUUAUUGCCUUCAAUCAUACAAGAAAGAAUUAUUGUGUGUUUUCAUUUUACCUUUUAGCUGACCCCACAAAAACUAACAGAAGUGACAUUGAUAUUCCUGUGUUUUAAGAAAAUUGAUAUUCCUGCAUUUUAGGUUUAAUGAGGUCAACUUAAGGAGGUCACUGUUUCUUCAUUUUUAAAAGUCAUUAUUACUUUAAAAACAGUAUUGCUGUGUGCCUUGAGACAACGCUGCCAGACAGUAGAUAUCUUUGUUGCUCCAAAUAAUUUAUUUCCCCUUCUUCAAUUAUUUUUGAGAUUUGUUUGUUUGUAAAGGAGAUCUCUAUGUAUGAAUAUUGUAAUUGAUGUUAAAAACAUUUUAUUAAAUCUAUAUGCAACAUCA